AUGAAAUCACUCUCCGUUUUCAGUUGCGGGUUAAAAUAUCAACACAUGUGUGUCCCACAAAUAAUUUUACAAGUAAAUAGCAAAUUCACAUGCAAUAUCAAACAAUGGAAUAAAAUUAUGCAUCGCAGAUUCAAAAUAACACUUGACCUAGAAUUAGCCUUCCUUCACACACCAUAUUCUGCAGUUCUGACACUUUGUGAACCGCCAACUUUUGCUGCAUUGUCGGUGUUGUCACCGAAUACAGCAACAUUGAAUAUUAGCAUAAGAAACACCCCACAGAACUUCCUGUCGCUUCACUUUUAUUCCACUCAAUCCAGUAGUAAAUGUCAAUACUUAGAUGCCGUAUCCAUGGGUAAUGGUUGGGAACCAUACUUCAUAAUUCAUCCCAAUUUCCGCAAGCUCGCACAGAAAGACAAAGCUCCACUUUUUGGUGCAUUUAGCUAUAAUUUAAUGCAAAAUUCAAUUUUUUAUAUUUACCUUAAAUUGAUUGCUUUAAUUUGGGUUGGCUACAGUAAAAAUCUGCUAUUUUGUCCAUAUGAUUUGAUAGUAGAUGAAACACUUGUGAUUUUUUACAGUGCAUCAUUUUUUCUAGUGGGCACUUCAGUAGAAGUUCUUCAUGUAGUGAUUAUCACUUUUGCUGCAUUUAGAAGCAAACUUUCAGCAUCAUCAACGAAGCCUUUGAAAAUAAUAGCCAACAGCACAGCACAAAUAAAUUCGGAGAGCAAAACUACAACAGCAACAGGAGCCUCACAGACUUCAGCGGCAUCCAGUGCUGUGGAUAAACUCACAGCAACCACAAUUACUGCCACACUGGGGCAUUUCCCAACAAAAACGACAAUAACAACAGACACAAUUGAAACAAGUAAUGAAAGGGCGCACAAUUCUAAUUAUAUGACUGAACCACAUUUAUUCGACAUUUUUAGCCACCAAUUUUUGCCACUCAAACAAGCACAAAAUGAACAAAUUGGACCUAUAUGA